UGUGCAAAGGUGAAGUGAUUUUUGAGUUGAGUAAAUGACUGCAGUAAGAAACGCACGGGGACUGAGUCCUUUUCAUUGGGGUUAUACGAGCUAUGGAAGAAGCUCGCUGCAUCAACAAUUUUGCCUCCAUCAUGAGGAUUCUAAAAGUAUGAAAUUGAACACGAGCUGCGUCUCCCUAACUGUCACAGACAAUGGAACUAGCUCUAUGCAGCAGUAACAAGCAACUCCGGGGAAAUAACCACAAAGAAAAUAAGACUACCUGCGGAACAACAUUAGUUAGCUACGAAGAGGUGCCUGUAACUAUGCGUGGCUUCAGAGCAACACCGCUUUCAGUGGGAUUUAAAUUAACGAAAGCUUGAGGAAAAUAACCUACUACGUAUGUAUAUAUUUCGUGAAACUACCUUGGGAUUCGGUUAAUGUAGGGCUGUAAACGACGUAGCUAUAGGUGUUUGAACAUUGACAUUGCAACGCAGCACACUUGCGACCAGACAAAAAGAAGAAGAAAAUAAGAAAUUCAAGGACCGUUAAUACCUUCAUUCUGCAAGAAAGCCCAAAGAAUCGCUGCUAUGGAUUGCAUAUAGUAACACUCGGAAAAUAUACAUUUUUUAUUUUUUUAUUUCUUGAGUAACGCUACUGUGCUGAAACUCCAGAAUCCCGUCAGUGCAAUUCAGCCAGCUGCCCGUGUCUCUAUCCAUGGUCCUGAAACGAGUACCCUCACCAAGGGUAUACAAAUUGCUAUCCAUAGUCCGGAUGAAAGGAUUUUCUCGCCUUUUUUGAAUAAUUGUGGUUAGCCUACGCUUUGGAAUCUGAAUUACGCAUCAGAAGAAUUGCUCACCUUGGAGGUGCGGUAUCCAAAACGGAAUUAAUCUCAGUGCAUAUUGCUGUGGCUAUAACUCAUCUAUUCUUACAACACCGGCAAAAUGUACCGAUUUAACGCUCUUGGGAUCUAUUUGUGGGAAACUAUAGUAUUUUUCAGCCUGGCAGCAUCAAAGGAAGCAGCAGCUCGAAAAGCCACCACUCCGAUGCCCCCCUCGGAGUUCCUGGACAAACUCAUGGGAAAAGUGUCAGGUUACGAUGCAAGAAUCAGACCAAAUUUUAAAGACCCACAAGGCACCAAAUCGGAAGCUUCACACAAGAAAGGUCCCCCUGUAAAUGUAACCUGCAACAUAUUUAUUAACAGUUUUGGGUCCAUUGCUGAAACGACAAUGGACUACAGAGUGAACAUAUUCCUGAGACAGCAAUGGAAUGAUCCUCGACUGGCCUACAGUGAGUACCCUGAUGACUCCUUGGACCUGGACCCUUCUAUGUUAGAUUCCAUUUGGAAACCCGAUCUGUUCUUCGCCAAUGAAAAGGGAGCCAAUUUCCAUGGUGUUACCACGGAUAACAAGUUGCUGCGGAUUGCUAAAAACGGGAACGUCCUGUACAGUAUAAGAAUAACAUUGAUUCUGGCCUGCCCUAUGGACCUGAAGAAUUUCCCCAUGGACGUGCAGACCUGCAUUAUGCAGCUGGAGAGCUUCGGCUACACCAUGAACGACCUAAUAUUCGAGUGGGAUGAGAAGGGAGCAGUGCAGGUGGCUGAUGAUCUGACUUUACCUCAGUUUAUACUGAAAGAAGAGAAGGACUUGCGGUACUGCACCAAGCACUACAACACAGGGAAGUUCACCUGCAUUGAAGCCCGGUUCCACCUGGAGAGGCAGAUGGGAUACUACCUGAUCCAGAUGUACAUCCCCAGCCUUCUGAUCGUCAUCCUGUCCUGGGUGUCCUUCUGGAUCAACAUGGACGCCGCUCCAGCACGAGUGGGACUGGGCAUCACCACUGUGCUGACCAUGACCACUCAGAGCUCAGGCUCCAGAGCCUCACUGCCUAAGGUCUCCUAUGUGAAAGCCAUUGACAUCUGGAUGGCGGUGUGCCUGCUCUUUGUGUUCUCUGCGCUGCUGGAGUAUGCCGCCGUCAAUUUCAUCGCCCGGCAACACAAGGAGCUGCUGCGCUUCCGGAGGAGGAGACGACACCUCAAGGAGGACGAGGCUGGGGAGGGCCGUUUCAGCUUCGCCGCCUAUGGCAUGGGCCCAGCUUGCCUGCAGGCCAAGGAUGGCAUGGCCAUCAAGGGCAACAACAACAACGCCCCCGCCUCCGCCAACCCGGCGGAGAAGACCGUGGAGGAGAUGCGCAAGCUCUUCAUCGGCCGCGCCAAGAGAAUCGACACGGUUUCCCGCGUGGCCUUCCCCCUCGUCUUCCUCAUUUUCAAUAUUUUCUACUGGAUCAUAUACAAGAUAAUACGCAGCGAAGACGUGCAUAAGCAGUAAACACUGAAGAGAGGAAAACACAGCCUGUCCGCCUCCCCCCCCUCGACCCGCCCACCUCGCCGUCUGUCCCCUCCCCUCCUGCUCCGCCUUCGUCCACGCUCAUUUGCUUUCCAGUGGCAAUUCCUUGGCAGAGGUAUUUAUCAAUAUUUAUCGUGGGGUUUUACUUUUUCUUCUUCUUUUCCUCCCCUUUUUUUCCUGAAUAAUCCGGACUUGUGCAAUAGCAAUGCAGUAAAAUGCAUGAAAUAUGAAUGUGGCAAUAUAUUUACAAAAGAAAAUUUUAAAAAAGUAAAUAUUAGACUUACAAAACACUGAAGAACUUCUAACCUGGUGGGAGAAAAAAAUGUAUCUGAAGUGAAGGAGAUGCUCUUCCAAGACAAACCCUGCUUUACAAGAAUAAAAAGGGCAAAACCUACAGCACUGUAAUAUAGUACAUAUAAAGUAUUUCUUCAAGGCAAGUCUAUUGGAAAUAGAGGAUUUUUAAAGAUUCUGAGGCAGGUUGGCGCUUCCAACAAUAAAGUGAUGCAAAAGACGACUGGUCGCGUGUCAUAUAUAUAUAUAUAUAUAUAAAUUUGCUUCAAUAUGUGUAUCAUGAGCACUUGUCAAUGCUUUCCCCCAAUCCCCGGCCAAAACUGCAAAGAUUUUGUGGGUUUGGGUGGAUGAGAUCAGUAACAAGAUGGAGCCUUGAUGAAUGUUGAUCAAACAUACUGUUCAUUAUAGCAGUUGUCUAUGUACGUGUUUGGCCAUUCUUACUUUUAUUUAUUGCUGUGCCAAGUUACAUCGUGUGUGUGUGCGUGUGUGUGUGUGUGUGUGGGUGGGUGUGUGUGUGCGCGAGUGUAUGUGUGUGUUGAAACACUCUACAUUUGCAGUCCAUCCUUGUUUUGAUUUAUGCAUUCAUCUGAAGUAACAUUGCUAAGCAGUAUUUAAGGAUCAUUUCCCGCUUCUUACGAAGUAUUAAAAAGAGGAAGCAAGAAUAUUUCUCCUAAUUAAAUUCCAAAAUAUAUUUACAAAAUAUACUAGCUAUUUUCACUCAUAACUGUAGUUUAGUACCUUUUAAUGCUUGUUCACCUCUUAUAACAUUCUGUAUCUGAGAGCCUAGGUCAUGAUUUGCAAUCUCCAAAAUGGUAACUCACUGAAAAACAAAAAAAUAAUAAUUGUUGUCCAUUUCUGUAUCUAUUUGUAUAACAUAAAUGUACCUCAUCCGCUCAUUGUGAUGAUCAGUAUAUAGGCUUACAUGCACAAAUGUACAAUCCCUUAUGAAAAAGAAAUCUUGUGUUGACAUGUAUGAUGUGUAAGUUGUGUAUAUAAAGAAAUGGUUUAACACAAAAAAUAAAACAUAGUAUCAAUGUAAUAUAUUUUGAACAUAAAAAGUGUAUCCAGAAUAGAACAGACCACUUAACAUGCAUAGAUAUAAAAUACUUCAUUAAUUCAUGUUGGAAAAUGGUGCAGUGGUCAAUAAUAAUAAUAAUAAUUGUGAAAAAAAAAAUUCUGUUUUAAGUCACAUUAAAAAUACUUAACACAUUUGAUGUUUAUGUUAAACAGGAGGCUUGUCAAAAAAGCUAUAGACAAAACCCUGCAAAGACAACUCUUUCAUACAAUUAAGGCUGUGUCUGGUUAGAUGGUAACCUCCUGACAAUUUCAGAAUUGGCCCCAAAUGCAAAAUGCACUUUUUUCUGAAUGGGGCCGCUUGGAAAAAGAAGCAAAAUUCCAUAUAGUAUCUGUCUUGAGACCUUUUUUUUUACAGCCAGAGGACACAAACCAUUGCAUUUCUUUUUUCAUAAGGGAUUACUAUGCAAUUACUGAUAUAUAUAUAUAUAUAUAAAUAUGCAAUUAUUUUCUGUGUCUGUGAAUCUGUUCCAUUUCACUUACAUUGCAUACAAUAAAUACACUAGUAUUUAGUAACUAUUGGUCUGAAGAACAUUAAUGAUGAUCAUAUCCAGAUACAGAAUGGUUUAUACAAAGUUGUGUGCUUCAUGUUGAUUUUCCGUAAAAGAUUGAGGAGUAAACCCUCUGAUUAAAUAUGUGUGCCACCACUGGCCUUUCGUUUCACGAUCGGAACACAAUAGCUUUUCCCAACACUAUUUUGUAAGUGUAUUCUCUUAAAUCCUCUGAUCAUUGAUGAGACAAAUUUUACUUAUGUUUAUCUAUGCAUGGCAAAUUUAUGCAAUAUUAUAUUUCCAAUUUUUUGGCUAUUUUGUUUAUAAGCUUACAUUUUUGGCCUUUUUACAUUGCAAUGCACUCUGCAUAAAUCUCAUUAUACCAGAGAGUAUACAGUUUAUACAAUACCACCAUAGUUCAGUACUAUAAAAUGUUGUCCUUACUUGUUUUCAGUCAGUUCAGUCUCAUUGUAAUCGUUUAAACAUGAUUUUAUACAGUUGUCAUGUGCAGGGACCUACCAUUUGCCAAAUUCUGUUUUGAAGUGGUUGUUUUCACCUGGCUUAUUUGUAAAACCAAAGAAUUAUUUUCACUAAGUUGUUAUCAUUGUCUUCCUAGCUUGAUAUUGCAAGAUAGAAUAGGAAAAUGCUACACUUGUAAGACAAAUAUAAAUAUUUUUCUUUACCGAUUCUGUUUGCUUUCAUUUUGUAUAUUUUUAUCAAUAUUUAUGUCUUCCAUGUUUCACAUAAAUAUAACUGAGCCUUGGUCUCUCCUGUUGUUCUAAAACAAUCUAUUUAUCUUAACUGAAUUUUUCUGAAAUAUAUAUUUUUCUUUCUUCUUCACCUUAUCUGCCAGCAUCUCUUGCAAUGUGUCACCAUCUGAAAGACAAUACCUGUGAUGUUUUAGUUGAAACCUAGCUAGAAAAAGAACAUCUAUUGUAAGUAACACUAUGGUUGUACAAUUUGGGUAAAACUAUCGAUAUGUGCAUUCAAUAACUGUUCCACAAGAAAGUAAAACAUUUUGUGGGUAAUUUAUUGCUGCACCAAAACUCAAAUUGCCAUUUGACACUGUUGCAGUGUUGCUCUGUUAGAUGGAUUAUUCACAUUUGCACUGUCAUGUGACCAUGAAAAAAGCACAGUUUGUGCCUAACAUUGUGUUCAAUAUUCAGAAAAUUUUGCAUUUCACUCCAACCAAUCCAUUUAUUCAUUCCAGAACAGUGGUGGAUUGUUCCCAUGCACUGACCUAUUAUAAAAGCAUACAUAUCAAUAGUAUUUUUCUAGUCAAAUGUCUCCCCUGAACACUUAAGUAGCAGUUCAGCAGCUGAAACAAUGGAAAUGAAAGUGUUUGUGUGUGUGUGUGUGUGUGUGUGUGUUAGUGUGUGUGUGGGCAUGUAUUACUAUCUUUGUGAUAGCCAAAUGUCCCCACAAAGAUAGGAAGAUAAGGAAAAUUACACAAGGUGGGGACCUUUUGCUGGUCCCCACAAGUUCAAGAGGCUGUUUUAGGGUUAGGAUUUAGGAUUAGGGCUAGGAUUACAAUUAGGUUAAGGUUAGGGUUAAGGUUAGGCAUGUAGUGGUUGAGGUUAGGGUUAGGGGUAGAGGUUACAGAAUGAAUGUAAUUCAAUGGGAAGUCCUCACAAGUAUAGCAAUACGAACAUAUGUGUGUGUGUUGGGGUGGACAGUGAUAUUCAUGCUGCACGUGUGUAUCCAGCACACCUGCAUAUAUUCAUGCAGACACACAAAGGUAACUACUAAUUCUCUAUGCCUCUGACCUGUGUCAGUUAACAGUUAUUAGUCUUAAUGCCUGACAUAUUCUGUGAAGCAUUCUAGAACUUAUCUAAACAUGCAUACACAAACACACACACACACACACACACACACAAACCACAAAGAUAGUUUUUGCUUAUCACUAAACUAUAGAUCUACUGUCACACUGCAAACAAGUAUUGAGCUAUUCAGACUGAGUAAAUUAAGACAGAAUGACCCAAUUUAAGACAAAUAAUCACUAUUUUCAUGGGAAGAAAGAUUUUGCAAUAUAAAAUGUGGACUCCAUACACAUUAUCAUGUGAAAGCAAAAGAGAUUAACUCACGCUCAUUUAAAGUUAAUAUUAUUUCCUCUUUAUGUGCCAGGUUUUGUUUGACAGUUUCUCUGGUGUUCAUUUCCUCAUGAUAUCAUUACAGAUGCAGCUCUACUAUGGGGGUAAACAUGUUUCUAAUUACAAAUUAAUAUACUUCAGUACCCUCCACUACAUAUCUGGUCUUUGAACUAAAGCUGAAUAAGAUAAAAAGUGAUGAAGCAUUCAUUACUGAAUUAAAUUCUGUUGAAAAGUUUUUUUUUUUUUUUUUUUGCACAACUUGGUAUGGCCUUAAUUUUCUUGUUUUUUUUUUCUUUGUUUUUUUUUUUGCUUAUAUUGUGUGGCACAGAGUGCAGAUGUUAAUUUGCAAAUCACCGUAAUCCAAGUGUGCACUUUGGAGCUGGCAAAGUUACGCAAGUCCUCUUUGUUUUAUCUUUUCAAUUUAUAAAUUUGAAAAACACUGUAUAUUUUGCAUGGAUAGAAUAUUAACGUUGGCAGAUAUUUUUUGGCUUGUACAAAAAUGUGAGCAAUUUGAAGAAAAAAGGAAUGUAAAAUUUCUGCUGUAUCUGUAUAUAACUAAACAUUGAAUUAUGUCAUAAUGCUAAUUCUAAUUACAAUUAAAGGUUUUCUGAAAAAACA